AUGACAGCCAACAAGCCUCUCGCCAUUCGAGUCGGAGGCAAAUUUAAGCGUUCUUCCGCACCUAAAAGCAGAACAGGAUGUCUCACCUGCAUGAUUGCAGUGGGUGCAUCACAUCGAGCAUUCAUGUCCCAUUCUCUUGGCUUCGGGCGUCCUGAAUCUCUGCAACGCCCCGUCAUACAGCACUACAACAAAGCUAUAUCAUCUAUCCUACCCAUCAUGUCAUCUCCCAAACAGUGGGACAUACACUAUAUAUUGAUCUGUUGUAUGCUCUUCAUGACCUGUGAAGGACUCACUGGUCAUUACGACGAACUCCUGAAGCAUCUUGCGGCUGGUGACAUGAUACUGCAAUCACUUCAAGAUCCUACCACAUACGAGGAGUCCACUAUGACGAAGAAGCUAGUUGCCAUGUUCUCUCAACUUUCUCCUGAGUCAACUGACUUUAUGAAAGACCCUAGUCUAUCUGGUAUCCAGAAGUGGUGUUCCAAAGAUCUGCGAUUCCUUCACGAUUUCGCUCCCCAUGACCCCUACAGGGAAAACGGCGUGGAAAAUGACAAAGCCUUCCAAAAGAUACUUAAGCAAUGGGAAGCGCGCUUUCAGAGUCUGGCUCAGCGAGGUAUAUUGCAUUGGACGGAUGAAGAAGUGUGGCAAUUCCAGAAUCUUCAACUUCGCCAACUUGAUCUUCAGAUGCAUAUGGCUUCUUACGAGGAUGAAGAAUGGAUAAAUCCAACAAACCGACCUUGUCUGCCCUUUUUGAAAACUGCUGAACUGGUAGCGGCGCCUCUGAUAAAUAUGGGUCAACCUACGUAUUCCUUGGACGGGUGUCUCGUCUCGGGUCUUUCAUUUGCGGCGUUUGCGGCGACGGAUGAAGCUAUAAGAGAACGAAUCCUCAAUCUGCUCGCAAAGCUUAAUCAUCGAGAAGGGAUCUACGAUAGUAACGAUGUGGCUGAGAUGCAUGCGCUAGCGGCGAUGGAUAUGGGUGAAGAUGGAUCUGGCUGUACUUAUGACUCUGAUGGUGAGUCUGAAUAUGGUGCACCUGGUCCACCUUUAACAUCACCUAUUGGAAUACCAAUCAUGAUCCAGGGACUGGCUCGUAGGGCUGGGGUCAAAAGCAAGCGCUUGGAAUGCUAUUCAUACUUGGACUAG